AUGCCUCCCGCCGCCAACGUGACCGAAGCACCGUCAGCUCCGAAUUCCUCGGAGCCUGUCUUGCUGGGCCAAAGAGCUCGCAUGCCCGAGUUCAGUCUUGCUGGCAAAGUGGUUUGCGUCUCUGGUGCUGGUCGAGGACUCGGCCUGACUCAGGCAGAGGCUCUAUUGGAGGCUGGAGCCAAGGUCUAUGCCCUUGACCGUCUCGAGGAACCGGCAGCGGAAUUUGCCCAAAUCCAAAAACGAGCGAAAGAGCUCGGGACAGAGUUACACUACCGUCGUAUCGAUGUGCGCGACACAGAUUUGCUGAACAGCACCAUUGAGGCCAUCGGUGACACCGAGGGCCGUCUCGACGGCCUUAUCGCAGCUGCGGGAAUCCAGCAAGAGACCCCGGCCUUGGAGUACUCCUCCAAAGACUGCAAUACCAUGUUGGAAGUCAAUGUCACGGGUGUCUUCAUGACUUCUCAAGCCGUUGCUAAACAGAUGGUUCGGUUCGGCAACGGAGGCAGUAUUGCCAUGAUUGCUAGCAUGAGUGGGACAAUCGCAAACCGGGGGUUGAUCUGUCCUGCCUAUAACGCCAGCAAAGCCGCCGUUAUUCAGCUCGCUCGCAACUUGGCUGCCGAAUGGGGCCAAUACAAUAUCCGCGUCAACACCAUCUCGCCGGGUUACAUCGUGACUCAGAUGGUCGAGAAUCUUUUCCAGCAGUUCCCGGAGCGUCGAGAGCAGUGGCCCAAAGAGAACAUGCUAGGUCGACUGUCACGUCCCGAAGAGUAUCGUGGCGCUGCUAUCUUUCUGCUGAGUGAUGCUAGCAGCUUCAUGACCGGAAGUGAUCUUCGCAUGGAUGGUGGUCAUGCCGCAUGGUAG